AUGGCUACUGCGGCGAGGAAAAUUCUGCAUGAUGAGCAUGCGAAUGAUUGUCGGAGUAUGGGAAGCAAUUUUCUUCAGUCUAGCCAGUCAAGGAAAAUUUCCAUAGGAGUUAUGGCAGAUUCAAAGGCUAGCUUAAGAUCUGGACCUGUGAAAAAGGACGGAGGACUCACGCCAAAUACUGAAAAGGUAGCGUCUAAAGUGGGAAAUGUCACUGGAGAAGAAAGCAAGGCCGAAGGAGUGACAACUUCCUCUAAAUUAAAGAAAGCUGGAGGUCCAAAAGUUGUGGAGGGUUCUUGGAUGUCCAAAUCCCCUUACCAAAAAUCACCUACUUCUGAGGUAAAUCUUCAAGCCAACAAAACCUCUAGUUUACUGGUCUCUCCUGCGGGGAAGAAUGAGCCUGAUGGUGUAGGGUGUGAAGCUAGGGUUCAUUUUUUUUCAGUUCAAACUCCGCAUAUUCCUGCUAAUAAUUACAAGAAGUUUGAUGGAGAUACUGACAGAAGCUCUAGAAGGAAGGGAAGGAAGGAUGGGAGUGCUGAAGAAAGAGCGGAAGAAUUUACAUUUACUACUACGCCAAAAGUCUUUGAGUCUGAUAAAACCAAUGCAGAGGACAAGAUAAGUAGAACAGAAAACAAAACUGAAAAUUUGAGAAUGAAGCUUUGCCAAAUAUUGGGGGCCACUUCUUCCCCUAAGAUUCAGGAUUCAGGCUCUCACACUUGUAACAAAGACAAGGAAAGUUUAUCGCUCAAGCCGCGUUUGAACCGAAAGGGAAAUGAUUUUGUUAAGAGCAAACAAAAUUCAGAUACUAUAGAAACUGAUUCAGAAAGUUCUGACCAUACUCGUAAAAGGCCAGUCACUCGUUCGAGGACCAGAAAGAAAGCGUCUUCCCAAAAGCAACAGGGAAAGGGUAAAAGUGACCUAGUUUUCAAAGAUGAAGAGAAGCAUCAAGAAAAAAGUAUAUUGUCUUUUGAAGAAAAAGGGAUUGGUGGUUCCUCAGUGGCUUUAAAGAAAAAGAGUCAGGGAAAGAAUUCCAAAAUAGGGCCACAUAAGAUCUGCUUCAACGAAAAUCAUACUGCAGAUAAACUUCUCCAAGACACUUCAAAGACUGAUCCACCACUGCAUGCAGAGGCUCUGUUUUCAUUUGGAAAUAAAAUUGGAGGAUUUAAGGGUUUCUCAUCUGAUUAUCAUACAAAAAACCCUCAGACAAAGAAAAAAGACCAAGAAAAAGAUAUCUAUCAGCCGCAAACAGUAAACAAUAAUGAUCAGCAUGUAGAACUUGAGGUAUCAGAAAAUAGAAACCAUCAGGAGUGUAGAAGUAUUCCAGUUGCUCAAAGUGUUUCCAAGUCACGGGAUGAUUUUCAAAGUCCUACAUUUCAAUUUAAAACACCUACUUUAAGCUCUCUUAGCCCAACACCAAAGAUGGACCAAGAGGAAAAUGAUGUUAAUAGUCCGGCAUCAAUAGAAAGACCAAAAUUUUGUAUGAGGACCAUACCUAAUUUAAGGACUUUUCUGUCUUCGGAGCCAGACUUCACAACAAGGGAACAAGACAAGUCUCAUCAAACGAAGGAUAGCAAGUAUUCGAUUCCUAGAAAAGAAGAAUCUUUUGAGAAAGAGACAAAAGAGCAGGAUGGAUCAUCAGAUUCAUCAUAUGAGGAGAGGAACAUCAAAGGACGUAAUCAAGGUUCAAGAGCAAAGCACACUGCUGAGAGGAAAAGUUUUACGCUUCAUCCUAUCAAAAGGCUGCGUAAACAUAAAGGCAUAAAAUUUAAUGAUACAAGCCCAGCUUCAGUGUCUUCAAAAGAUAUAGAAGAAAGCGACGAAGCUUCUGAACAGGCUCAAGAUGGAUUUGUAAGGGUUGUUGAACUGAUUGCCUUGGAAUUGGCCAAACUUAAGAACAAACUGAAGUUGGCGACUAGUCAGAAAUCCUCAGAAAUUUUGAACUCUGUUGCUGAAGACAUACAUUUACAGCUGCAGGAUGUUCAUUCCCAGAUUCAAACAGACUUAGGAAAACUGACAAAUCUCAAUAAAUCAAAGAGAAAACGGAUAGAAACAAGAUUUGAAGACCAGCAGAAACAGUUGAGGUUAAUCUAUGAUAGAUUCAAGGAAGAGGUUAAUCUACACAUGCAGGGCUGCAGAAGCACUGUAGAAGAUCUUGAGGCAGAUCAGAUAGAGAUAAAAGGAGCCCUGGAAAAGCAAAGAGUAGCACAUAAGAAGCUCAUAUCGCAAGUUGAAGAAGCAGUGGAGGUCCAACUCAAUGAUGCUCAAAAGAAAAUCACAUCCACGCAGGAGAUUGCAAGGAAAAAACUACUACAACUGAAGCAAGUUAUAACAAUGUGCUUGAAAGAGGCUAUCUAA